CAUCCGCCUGCUCCUCUCGCUGCUCGGCGGCAUGCUUGUCGUGCUUCCCUUUCGCCUGGUGCUCUCCAGUGGCGGCGGUGCGCCCCCGUCGAGGGCAGCCCAGCAGGCACUCCACCUGUUUAGCGCGGUGGCUGGUGCCGCGGGCGUCUUCUGGUGCUUUGGCCCGGACACGCUCCAUUGCUUCCUGACCAUCUUGGCAACGUACCUGUGCAUGCUCGUGCUGGGCCAGACGGCCGCGAUGGUCGGCAUUGUCUUCACGGGCAUCUUUGGCCACCUGCUCGGCUGCUACCUGAUCCACGCCACCGACUCGUACGACAUCAACUUUACGACUGUGCAGUGCGUUCUUGCACUGCGGCUCAUUGGCCUGGCGUUCGACUUUUACGACGGGCGCAUUCCCACCGACAAGCUCACCAAGGACACGGUCAACUCGGCCCUGCCCAAGCUUCCGUCCAUCCUCGAGGUCCUCGGCUAUGCCUACUUCUGGGGCGGUGUCUUUGUGGGUCCCCAGUUCCCAAUCCGUCGCUACCAGGCGUUCGUCAGCGGAACUCUCUUCAAGCCCGAGCAGCUUCGUGAAUCGCUCGUUCCUGCACUCUCCCGCGCUGCCCUCGGUCUGGUGUACAUUGGCGUGACCCCUGUGCUGAACGGAUACUUUCCUCAGUCGUACUUGUUCACGGAUGCAUUCAAGGCUCUUCCGCUGCUCUAUCGCUUGGCAUACCUCUGGGGUCUCUGCAAGGCUGCGUUCUUGAGCUAUGUUGGCGUCUGGCUGAUCGCCGAGGCAAGCUGCAUGUUGUCUGGCCUCAGCUACAAUGUCGCCACCAAGAAGUGGGACGGGCUUGCCAACAUUCGCGUUUGGAAGUUUGAGACCGCCACGUCGCUCAAGGCAUGCAUCGAGUCCUUCAAUGUCAACACGAACGACUGGGUUGCUCGUUACAUUUUCAAGCGUCUGCGCUUUAUGAACAACAAGCAUUUCUCGUCCUUGUCCACGCUCAUGUUCCUGGCACUUUGGCACGGCUUCCACAUUGGCUACUUUAUCUGCUUCUUGACCGAGUUUGUCGUGGUCGAGAUUGAGCGACGACUUCGUGCCGACGUCAUGCCGCGCCUCACGCCGAUCAUUCCAGCGCCCGUGCUCAACAUUGUGUGCUACAUUAUCACCACGAGCACACUGCACUACGCCCUCAUUGCCUUUGUGCUUCUGAGUCUCUCUCCCAUCAAGGAGGUGUACAGCUCCAUCUACUUUAUCGGCCACCUUGUUGCCGUUCUCCUGAUGAUGAUUCCGAUUCCGCGCGUUCGUCAUUCGCAACCCGAGACUGCAACAAAGACCGAGUAAUCGGGGGAGGUCGGGUUUUCUUGCAUAGCGGAAAGAUGUAUUGGUUGAUUUCCGGAUUUUGUUGUUUGCGAGUGUGUGUCUUGCCACUCACGAUGCUCAAAUAAUGUUUUAAUCGACAAAUUGCACAACACAAAAAAAAGCACACACGCCAAACAAGGUUGUUUA